AUGCGGAGCUCUUCUCCUUUAUCCGUCACUGUCUCUCUCGGCAAUGUGCUGAAGCAGAAAACCCUCGAGGAUGAAUCACCCGGGAAGCUGGAGAAGGGCCGGGACCCCGAAACCUCCGCGGGCGGAGGGAGCCCCCACGUCCUGCCUUGCUGCCGGCACGGCUGGGGGGGUGGAGGGAGCCCUCCUCCGCAGCUCCCGCAUAACUGCUUCCAGUUAAAGCUCUGCGAGCAGUUACUUACUCGCACCGCCGCGCCGGCCGCCGGCCACAGCAGCGGAGGCAAGGAUGCUCGCCCGCCCCGCGGACUGGGAGACAGCACAGGUCUGGCGGUUCAUCAGAUAAUCACUAUUACCGUGUCCCUCAUCAUGGUCAUAGCCGCUCUGAUAACAACUCUUGUCUUAAAAAAUUGCUGCGCGCAGAGCGGGCGCCCGCGGCGCAACAGCCACCAGCGCAAGCUGGACCAGCAAGAGGAGAGCUGCCAGAACCUGACCGACUUCGCCCCCGCCCGCGUGCCCAGCGCCCUCGACAUCUUCACCGCCUACAACGAGACGCUGCAGUGCUCCCACGAGUGCGUCCGGACCCCCGUGCCCGUCUAUGCGGAGGAGGCGUUGCACUCUCCCGGGGAUUAUAAAACAACCUUCAACGGAAACAGGUGA